AUGGAAGGUCGUGCAGCCGCGCGCAGCUCUCGCGCCUCUCGCACCUCUCUCAACUUCAAGAGUGGUCUGUCUCUGUGGUUGGUGGUGUGGUUGUUGGCAUGUCGCUGUGCCCCUGGGAAGGCAUGUCCAAAGCUGUGUGUGUGCUACCAUACACCCCUGACGGUCAGCUGCCAGUCUCAGAACUUCACCUCUGUCCCGGCUGGUGUGCCCUACGACUCCCAGCGCGUCUUCUUGCAGAACAACCGCAUUACAGAACUCAGGGCUGACUCCUUCGGCUUCGAGACACAGGUCCUAUGGUUAUAUUCAAACAACAUCUCAUGGAUUGAGGCAGGUGCCUUUAGCAACCUGCGCAUCUUGGAAGAGCUUGAUCUUGGAGACAACCCAUCCUUGCGGCUUGUAGAGGGUGGUGCCUUCCGGGGUCUCGAGCGCCUUCAGAGCCUGCACAUGCAUCGGUGCGGCCUGACUGAGCUUCCCGCUGACCUCUUUUACAAGCUCUACAGCCUGCAGUUCCUCUACCUGCAGGAAAACCAGUUAAACAAUUUGCCAGAUGGUGUCUUUUCUGAUUUGGUCAAUCUAACACACUUGUUUCUGCAUGGAAACCGGCUCCGCGUACUCUCUGAGAAUGCCUUCCGUGGCCUGGUCAACCUUGACCGGCUGCUGCUGCAUGACAACAAGAUCCGGCAGGUGCACCGCAGGUCGUUCCGAGACCUGGGCCGGCUUACCAUCCUCUACUUGUUUAAUAACGCGCUGCGUGAGCUGCCGGGCCAGACGCUCAAAGACACCACAGGUUUGCAGUUCCUGCGCCUCAACGACAACCCGUGGGCAUGCGGCUGUGAGGCAAGGUCGCUCUGGCAGUGGUACCGUGAUGCACGUGUGUCCAGCUCCGAGGUAGUCUGCACCUCACCGGCAUCACGCGAGGGCCAAGAUCUGCGCUUCAUGCGCGAGCUUGACUUUGCGACCUGCCCUCUGCCUGACCCCGGCUCGCUGAGCGGCACCACCACUACCACGUUCAGCACCAAGACGCGCUGGUGGUUCUCCAAGAACAAACCAGCUGCCUCAGCCAAGGGUGUCUACCACAAGGGUGCUGACUUGCCCAAGGCUUUCCCAUUCAAGUCGGUAAAGAAUGCACAUUCCGCGGCCGUAUCAGCGGCUGCAGCUUCAGCGUCAAAGUAUGAGCUGGCACCGGAGGAGGCUGCGUUGCCCAAGUUGGAGCCGGAAGAGUACUGGGCCAACUACGGCAACGAAGAUGCCUCAGUCCGAUGCUUUGAGCUGGAAUGCGAUGACGAGCUAGCGUUCUCCUCGACCUCCUCCUUCUCUCCGUCGUAUCUGUCUCUUCUUUGUUUCUCUGCCCUGGCGCUCUCAAUUCACCUGCUGUUUGGUUGA